AGUAGAAUCAGCCGUACACGAACGAAGAGAUGGCCGCGGCUGCUGGGGCCCUAAAAUCACGGGGAUCUGUCGUGUAGACGUUUUGGAAUAUUGCGUCGAUGUGGCAAUGGCUCAAUGAGAAAGACUAGUUUCGCUCAAGGCGGUGUCUGUAACGUUAGGUAUUAACCGAAGGGACCAGCAUCUCAGGAACAGGCUGUCCCGUGUACAGUUAUUUUCGAUGCUUAGCAUAACCAUUAGCUAGUCCGUUUUCUACACAGCGUUAGCUUGGAGUGGGAUUGCAGCUUGUGUAGGCGUCUAAAUCGAAAAGUAAAAGGACAGCGCAGUCAGGGGCAUCCAGCCUUUAAGUAGCAAAGGGCUAUUGCUGAACAGCAUUUGUUUUUAGACGUAUUGCUUCAUCGUGCAAGCCUAUGCUCGCCGUGAUGUGUGUUGUUUGGUUGCAAGCUUUAUGUGUAGGUAGCCAUCUAUGAACGCAGCUAGCAGUGCAAGUGAUUACAAAGGGACAGCUUGGAAGAACGCUGGGUGGGAAUGCAAUGGCUUUGUGUCUGCCUUCGCUUUGAGCAGAAUGACGAAUGGAAAUAAUGUCCCCGCCGUUGAAAAUUGGAAUUUAAGAAGAUAACACACGAAUAACAAUUAUCACACCAAUGUAUUGACACACGUAGCUUAGUUUAACCGUUUAGGCUAGGUAGCUAGUAGAUAGAUAGCCAGCGAGUUUCUCUUUGUUGUGAACUCAGCACUCUUGCGUGUUGGAGCUUGUCCCUCUCGUUUGUCAUACCGUUGAUGUUUUCCCGUUCUUCUUCUAUGUGCUGCCGAUUUUCAACAUUUAUUUGCUUGCAACCAAACAGUUUGCUGCUUCUAAAUGUGUUAGUUUAAAAAGAACGCGGUGACUCUACAGCUACAAAGUAGCUACAAACACCGUUCUGGUUCCAUAUGUUCGCUAUUAUGGCAAACACUCUGGGCUUCAAUAAGAUCUCAACAUGGAUAUUAUCACAUCCUCUCGUCUGGAUCAUUUUUGUUGGAAGCGCAGUUUGCUCCCAGCACAAUGAAAACGUCUACGUAUCAGGGAUUUCCAAUGCCUGUGGCGAUGUGGCCGAGUUGAUCCGUGCCUCCAGCGGCGUGAUCACCAGCCCCGGCUGGCCCUUCGAGUACCCCGCCAGAGUCAACUGCAGCUGGAACAUCCGCGCCAACCCUGGAGAGAUCAUCACCAUCAGUUUCCAAGACUUUGAGAUCCAGAGCUCCCACCGCUGCGGCAUGGACUGGCUGUCCAUUGGCGCCUACAAGAACCUGGACGGCUUCCGGGCGUGCGGCUCCUCGGUGCCCGCCCCCUACAUCUCCUCUCAGGACCACGUGUGGAUCAAGUUCCACUCGGACGACGCGCUGACCGGCAAGGGCUUCAGGCUCUCUUACAUAACAGGCAAGUCGGAGGAGUUGGUGUGCGAGCCCGAGCAGUUCCACUGCGCCAACGGCAAGUGCGUGCCCGACGUGUGGAAGUGCAAUGGCAUGGACGAGUGCGGCGACAACUCGGACGAGGAGCUGUGCACGGCGCCCAACCCUUCCUCCGCCCUCUUCUCCUUCCAGCCCUGCGCCUACAACCAGUUCCCCUGCCUGUCACGCUACACGCGUGUCUACACCUGCCUGCCCGAGUCGCUCAAGUGCGACGGCAGCAUCGACUGCCAGGACCUGGGCGACGAGAUCGACUGCGACGUGCCGGCGUGUGGCGAGCGCCUGCGCACCUUCUACGGCACCUUCGCCUCGCCCAACUACCCCGACUUCUACCCGCCGGGCAGCAACUGCACCUGGCUCAUCGACACGGGCGACCGCCGCAAGGUGGUGCUGCGCUUCGUGGACUUCAAGCUGGACGGCACGGGCUACGGGGAUUACGUGAAGGUGUACGACGGCCUGGACGAGAAUCCCAGACGGUUGUUGAGGGUGCUGACGGCGUUUGACGCCAGGGCGCCGCUGGCCGUGGUGUCGUCGUCGGGGCAGCUGCGCGUGCACUUCUACGCGGAUAAGGUCAACGCGGCGCGUGGAUUCAAUGUCACCUACCAGGUGGACGGCUUCUGCCUGCCGUGGGAGAUCCCGUGCGGGGGCAACUGGGGCUGCUACACGGAGGCACAGCGCUGUGACGGCUACUGGCACUGCCCCAACGGCCGCGACGAGCUCAACUGCAGCAGCUGCCAGGAGGACGAGUUCCCCUGCUCGCGCAACGGCGCCUGCUACCCGCGCUCGGACCGCUGCAACUACCAGAACCGCUGUCCCAACGGCUCGGACGAGAAGAACUGCUUCUUCUGCCAGCCGGGCAACUUCCACUGCAAGAACAACCGCUGCGUCUUCGAGAGCUGGGUGUGCGACGCGCAGGACGACUGCGGCGACGGCAGCGACGAGGAGAGCUGCCCGGUGGUGGUGCCCACGCGGGUCAUCACGGCCGCGGUCAUCGGCAGCCUCAUCUGCGGCCUGCUACUGGUCAUUGCGCUGGGCUGCACCUGCAAGCUCUACUCGCUGCGCAUGUUCGAGCGCAGGUCCUUCGAGACACAGCUCUCCCGGGUGGAGGCGGAGCUAUUGAGGAGAGAGGCUCCGCCCUCUUACGGCCAGCUGAUCGCUCAGGGCCUCAUCCCCCCGGUGGAGGACUUCCCCGUCUGCUCUGGCAACCAGGCCUCGGUGCUGGAGAACCUGCGUCUGGCGGUGCGCUCUCAGCUGGGCUUCACCUCCAUCCGCCUGCCCACCUCGGGCCGACACCGCACGCUGUGGCGCCGCCUCUUCAACUUCACGCGCUCGCGCCGCUCGGGCUCGCUGGCGCUGGUCUCGGCCGAGACAGACGACAACGCCACUUCCGGGAGCGGGCGUAGCGGCGCUGCCGGCGUAGCGGGUGGCACCGGGGGCUCGGCACGGGACUCGAGCGAGAGGCUGCUGGGCUCGCACCGCGGCCCCCUGCCCGCCGACUCGGACGACACCGACACGGAGAGCGAGCACGCGUCCUCCCGCGGGCCCGUGGGCGCCGUCGGUGGCGGCAACGGCAACAGCGGCCCCGUGGCCCCUCCCCUACCUCAGAAGACUCCGCCCACCAACGCGGUGGAGGCCAUCGUGUCAGUCACCACCUCCAGCCUUCCCCAGCUCUCCUCCUCCAGCUCCUCCUCCUCCUCCAGUCGGGAGUUGGCCGGAUUAGUGGAGAGUUUGUCCCAGAGUACCGUCACCACCACCACCAGCACCUCCACCCUCCCCCAGCGUUCAGUCUCCACGUCGUCCAGCCUCAGCAGCAGCAGCAGUAGCAGUGGCAACAGCAGCGGCAGCAGCAGUCCGGGCGGCAGGAGCCACCUCAGCAGCGCCCUCCGCAGGGUGACGCGCGGCCUGCGCUGGGUGCGCUUCUCCCUCACGCGCUCCUCCAGCGGGGGCUCCGGUGAGGGAGGAGGAGGAGGAGGAGGAGGUGGGGGCUCAGGGUGCGGUGGGCCCGGCCCCAACCACAGCCCCCUCCGGCAGCUGGAGCACGGCAGCAGUGGCUGUGGCGGAGUCACGUCGUCCUCCGCCGCCGGCGUCCCCAGGGAUGACGAGGACGAUGUGGAGCUGCUCAUCCCGGUGGUCGACAUUCCCUGCUCUUCGUCCUCCUCCUCUCACUCCUCCUCCUCCUCCCUGUUGCUCACGGAGCACAGCUGCAGCGUCAGCUCGGGGAUCGGCAGCGAGUGCUCCUCGGGCCCGCUGCUGGAGGGCCUCGCGGCCCCCGCCGAGCUGGUGAGCGUGGGCCCCUUCCUGGCGGCCCACCAGUCCCCCACUGGCCGGGCCUCUGCCGGCGGCGGCGGUGGCGGCGGCUCGUCUCUGCGGGGGGGCCGGGCGGCAGGCGGGCGAGACGGGCCCUGCGAACACUGCGGCAUGGUGCACACGGCCCGCAUCCCCGACGCCUGUCUGGAGGCCACGGCCAAGACGGAGACCAGCGACGACGAGGCCCUGCUGCUCUGCUGAGAGCCUCACACACCCACACACCCUCCCACACAGGACUCAUACAACCUGACCCGGACCGGAACCGGACCCGGACCGGACCCACCCGGUCCAACUGAUUGACUCCUGGGUCCACAGUUCCACAGUGGUCUGUCGCCUCCUCCCACCCGAUCCCAGCAAGACUGAGCAGACCCAGACCCGACCCAGACCCGACCUGAACCGACCCAAACUGACUUCACUCCAUAUGGGUCUACUCGUGGUGGAGGUCUGUCUCCAUCUUACCCUUUUCCCACUUCUUGUCAGCUUUGCUCUCUUUCUCUCUUCUGUCUUUCCUCCUCUUUUUUUCUCUGUCUGUGUAUUCCUUCUUGUCUAUCCAAUUGGCCUCGCGUGCCGUGGGUGCUUUCAGUGGCUGUUGCUGGUCAAAGCGUUUCUAAGCUUGUUUCGUCACAGCUCAUUGGGGAAGUUGAGGAGCUGGGGAGUUAAGUUAAGGGAGAUCCGUCUAUACGUCUAAGGGAGAAAUAGCUUUUUAAGGGGAGGUGGGGGGCAGGGGUGUUGGUACGAUACAGAUGGUACGCUACCCAUAUCCAGUGACUUUCUCUCAUAAUCCCCCCCCCCCCCAAGGACUCUCUCUCUGCUAGCCCUUCAAGCUACUGUGCAAUUUGAGUGUUUUUUUAAACGUUUUUUUUUUAUCUGAAGAGUGGAAAUGCUAGCCUAUAUAUUCUGUACAUGGAAGAGUUUGGAGCAUACACGCUUAAAAAAGAUUGAGUGAGUUUGGAGCCUGCAAAGUGGGGUGGUACGUAUGACACAAGGGGGUGAAAAAGACUGUUGUCUCGCUUGUUCAAGUUCAUUUUUUGUCCUUAACACUGUUCUGGGGAGAUUUGUUUCAACCAAAACGACUCAAAAAAAAAAAAAAGCUUGGUACUCAUGUGAUGGUUGAGCCAGGGAGAGGAAUAUAAUGUCUGUCUUUUAUUUUGUCCUUUGUUAUUUCAUGUCCUACUCAUUUUUAAAUUAUUUAAACAUUUCAUUCUUGACUAUGUAAAAGGGGUGAGAGGGAGGAAAAGGGGGAUUUUUAUUGGUUGGCCUGGCAGCCGUUUGGGGAAAAGUGCCACGCUUGCGCAGCAGCUGUGUGGAGCUCCUCUGUCACUCCGUGUGUCCCCCACAGGGCAGGGCACGUCACGUCCCCCCCGCCUAGUGUUGUGGGGGGGUCACGUUGUCUCCAAGACGUGACCUGACCUGACCUCUCCUGACCUCUCCUGACCCCCCUCUCCUCUGCCCUGCUGCACUGGAACACAGGGCAAUGUGGGAGCUACGUUUUCUUUCUACAAAGGGCAAAAAAGUCGAAUUUGAAGGGGAAAAAAUUCCCAUUUCUUAAAGGACUAAAAAAUAUGGUUUCCAAAAUGGUCAAAGAUGUCCGUUGUAUUUAUUGUUUUAUUUUCCUGUUUUAUGUUCGGUUUUUUUGUUACUGUUUGGUAACCUCAACGUUUUGGUACUGAGAACAAGUUGUGUGAGUGUGUGUAUAUUUAUUAUUCUUAUUGAUUUUAAUUUCAGUAGCGGUUACUUGAGAAGCAUGUUUUAACUGUCUUGUGCUAUAUUUUUUUUGUUAAGUGAUACGGUGUUGAUAAAAACUAUGAAUAAUUAUAAAUAAAUGAAUAAAUAUAUAUAAAUAUAUAUACGUAACUGUUUACUGCACUAAGGAAAUAAAAAGAACAUUCAUCAGUUGGUUAUGA